AUGCAUACGUAUCCCACGUGCAGACCUCGGCGGCUUGAUAUCGCGCGCCUCGCAUGCCCAUGUUGCCGUUGCCGACCGUGUCACCCCGUAUCCAGACCACAUACACCUUCGCGUCCGACUCGAGCUGCGCGACCCGUGGCUCGUCCUGCUGCGCGCUUGCGGUUGUUCUGCUGCUGCUGCUGCGGCACGCGAUCACACACUGCUGUGGCGCUCUCGCGCUCGUACUGCUGCUGCGCUCGUUCUCAUGCUGCGCUCGUCCUCAUUCUGCGCUCUUGUGCUCGUGCUCUGCGCCGUUGUAAUCCGUUGCUGCGGCCAUCGCGCUCGACCCGUGCUGCUGCUGCUACGUCUGCUGCCCGCUGGCGCUUCUCAUUCUCGUGCUUGCGGUGCUUCGUCGUCGCGCUGCCGGCUUGA